AUUGUGCCCUUCGGCUCUCUCUCUCCCUCUCUCUAAUAAAUGUGAAACUACUGAGUUGGUUCGGCCGCCUCACACACACACACACACUCUCUCACACACACACUGAUACGCAUGGAAGCAUCGUGGAAGUUCAGUGGUGGAGUGGCGAAGGCCAAUCUGAUACUGUCCAGUACUCGGAUCCUCCACCGAGCGUGGGAGUUCAUCUCACAGAUCCAACAAUCUCCCAGAUCAAUCAGCUUCGCCAUCAGGGAGCUUCCCCGCUUCACGAUCCUCGCCUUCAAUUCACCGAGUCGACGGCAAGACGUGCUGCCAAAUCUCGAGUCACUGGUUGACUCCCAUCCUCUGAGCUUCCUCAUCACCAAGGAUAACCCCUCCGUUGCUCUCGACAGCUUCCCUCUUUCCACUUUCUGCACACUCUUAAAACGCCCAGAUCUCACAGACAAGCUUAAGACACUAACCGCCAAAAAUCAACCAAGGCUCAUAGUUGUUGGUCACGCGGAAGGGGGAGCAGUGGCUGCCUUAUUCACGCUAUGGCUUCUGAAGAACAGGUCCUCCGCAGCACUGCCCUUAUGCAUCACCUAUGGAUCCCCUUUUAUUGGAAACAAAGGACUCCAGACAGCCAUUGGCAAGAUGGAGCAAUCGAAGUCUCAAUUCUGGCACGUCCUCAGUCUUGACGAUCCCGUAAUUUCCUCCUGCGGCUUCCUUGAAUCAGCCGAACUACAGUUCAAACCUUUUGGCACCUAUCUUCUCUUAUCAGAAUCAGGUUAUGCUUGUAUCGAUGACCCCGAUUCGGUAAUCGAGCUGUUGAGAUCAGCAGAUUCAGCUCAAACGGAACCCAAGGAUUAUGGAGCCAUGCUUCAGCAACAAGAGCAGAGCACCAAAUACAGAAAAUGCAACGUUCUGCUCACUCCUUCCUAUGACAGUCAAAAAGUGGAUUUGGCUCUUCAAUUACAAACAUUGGAAAUUGGCAACAAUCAGCAGAAGCAGGGUGAGGAUGCCCUUCUUCAAGCAAUGGAGAAAAGGCACAGAAGCGAAUGGAAGAAACCGACUCACAACCCGAAGAAGCUCAAUAACAUGAAAAAGAAAAUGGCCCAACUUGAGUGGUUCAUGAAAUUCUGCAAGAAAGGAGGCUACAACUACUAUGAUUAUUACAAGAGAUCACAGACCUUUGGACGUGAAGAAGUAAACGUUCGGACUGAUAUCAAGACCUUCCUUGUCGACUACUGGGAGAAGGAGGUGAAGAAAGUAGAAAACAAGCCACAAACACAAGAAGCUCCGUUCCGAGACAGUUGGCUCUUCGGAGGAAACAACUGCAGAAGGAUGGUGGAGCCUCUGCACAUUGCUGAAUACUACACAAAAGGUGGUAAGGACUAUCUGAAACACAGAGAGCCUCACUUUGCAAAGCUGGAGGGUUGGGAACAAGCGGAUUCUGCAAAGAAGGAGAAGACGGGCGCCGCUCCAAUGAAGGAGGAGCCGAAGGGGAAGAGCGCGCCUCCCAACGUCACGCACGACUCGUGCUUCUGGGCUCACGUGGAGGAGGCAGCGCUCAAGUUGCCUGAUCUCGAAAAUGGUGGGGAGGCCAAGAAGGAAGAGAUAAGGCAAGAAUUGAGAGAGUUUGAAGACUACGUCAUGAAACUGGUGAACGACUAUUGGUUGUCGCCUGAUGCUUUCUUUGAGGGAAGCUCAUUCAUGGUGUGGUGGCGACGCUACUGGGAGAUGUUACAGAGGGUAGAACCAGAUUCUGAUCGAGAUUCCCGCCCGUUUAUUGUUUUCAUGAGCAAAGACGGAUAUCUCAAUUACGUAAAUUCAGCUCAGUGAAAACAAUAUCAUCCCUUUCUUGAUAUGCAUGGAUCAAAAAAAUAAGAAAUGUACAACGGAAAUGAAAUCGAAUGAAAAAUUGAUCCUGAAGA